UUGCUCCGCGAAACCGUAGCUCUCGUUUGAGCACCACAGCGUGGCACGCCGAGCAUUCCACCCCGAGAUACAGCCGAGGGAGCCCCCACCGCUCCCGCUACUAGCCACCUUAGUCGUUUCCUUGGGAUUUUUGCUAAGCAUGACCCGGCGCAAGGUGGACGAGGAGCAGGUUCGGAAGGCCUGUGCAGCGAUAGAUGAUGGAAUGAAUGUCGGUUAGGAAGGCUGCUGGGGUCUUUGGGGUAGGUCGUACGUCCAUCGAAGACCGCCGCCGUGGCAAGGUGGCCAUGAACGCGAAGGUUGGUGCCGAGACCAUCCUGAGCAAAGAAGAGGAGGAUUCGCUGGAAGAUAUUCUGCUGUUUGCUGCUCGCAACUUCUUGGCUGUGGGUCGGGUUCACCUCAGAGAUGCGGUGCGACGACUCUGCAACGACGGUCGGCGGAUCCCUUGGGAUCCAGAGAAGGGUCCGGGGAAAGAUUGGCUUGCGGGCUUCCGUCGUAGGCACCCACGGGUCGCGGAGCGCUCGACCCGCAUCUACGAGGCAAACAGGAUCACCGAAGACGAGGAGCCUCGCAUGGUGCAGUUCUACGAGAGAUGGGCAGCUCUCCUCGACGAGUUCAAACCGGAGGCCAACCACGUGCACAACACGGACGAGACAGCGGGGUUUCAGCAGUACGCAACUCUGAACUGGACGCUUUCUGACUGGAACGGAGCAGUAACUGAACGAGUAGAGAUGACAGAGGUGCAGGAGAUGAUGGGCAUGCUGCCAUCGCUACUGCAGGCCGAGUCGGAAGGGCAAGGCCAGGAGGGGUCGGCGGCGCUGCAAGAGGGCGCCGCGGGUGCGGCGGAAUUGGGGGUUCCGCCGAGCAGCCACCGAGAGCUGUAUCCUGCGGUGGUCGUCAGGGAGGGCGACACUGCUGGAGGAAAGACCAGCAGUAGGCCGGGCGUGGAAGGCGCCCUGGUGCGGGAUGUGGAGGUCCCUGCUGCAGGUGGGUUUGGUGCAUUCCAAGACACCAACUCUCUUCGUAGUACGUUCGGCAGUGCUUGCGUACAGCAGUCUGCUGCCGCUGGAGACACUGGUGAGAGUGUCACAGCAACCGAUCAAUCCAUUCAGGGGAGGUCGGGUGGAGAAUGCGGCACGGCGGAAGGGGUCGUGUCCACUGUUCUGCCUUGCUGUAGUAGCGGGCGGGGCGCACAGAAGUCGCCGGAAUUGAUGGUGCAACAGAACGGACGGAGGGGCCGUGAAGUCGCGCAGUUUUGGCGCGCAAUCCAUCUGCGGUAAGGCGGUGGAUCAACAUGAAAGGCGUUAGAGUAAUCGGCGCAACAGAACGGACGGAGGGGCCGUGAAGUCGCGCAGUUUUGGAGCGCAUUCCAUCUGCGGUAAGGCGGUGGAGCACCAGGGCGGUAGAGAGACCGUUGGGCAGGAUUGCCGGAGACACUCAACCAUGGAUCGACCGCGCGACGGCGCGGGG